AUGUAUGUGAAAUGGUUUGAUACAGUAAUGUUUUACUGUGUGAUUUUAGUGAAUUCAGUGAAUUGUCAUUUUCAAAUUUCCCGCCUUUCCGUCCCCGUACAUCCCGAAGUCGCAGGGGACGGAACCCAGAAGACAGAUGCCGGCAUCCGCUGGAGGACAUUACAGGGGACACUGCAGGAGGGACAUCAUGGGAGCGCAGGACAAGGUAAGAGAAGAACAGAUCCCGGAGCAGCGCCGCAUGGUAAGCCCGAGUGUAGCUCGGGGUUACCGCUUGUGCUACACUCGGGAAUACCUCCAGGGAGGUUA